CGUCCGGACGUGUGAUAUCAAUUGGUCCUCAGACUUCGAGAUCUGUCGACUCGGCUCCACUAUCGACUGGUGUCAGAGCUUUUACCGCCAUAGUCAGAGUUACGGCACGCUAAAAGAUUGGUUAUUGGACAUAUAGGACACGCCACUACAUGGCUCUUACGCAAAGGAAAUGUCCUAAAUGGGAAGGCAACAAGUCAGCUUUGGGGCCACACACAUGGUAUGGGCGCGCAUUCACACGCCAUGAUAUAAUAAGGGGUCCCCCCGAAACUGCAUAUAUGCGUGGCCGCUCCCGGCUUGUUGUAUAGUAUCUAUCCGUCAUUGAUCAUUGAUUCCCCGCCACAAUCCCCAAAUCGCCGGACCCGCAAGGCAUCGAAAGGGUCCUCAUCGACCUUCCAAUAACUCCCGUUUCACGCCCUUACUACGACUACAAUCUCGGAACACGAUGCGAGUUUUAGUGACUGGAGGCAGUGGAUACCUUGCGGGCCACAUAAUCGAUCAGCUGCUUCAACGAGGGCAUAGCGUCGUGACGACGACAAGAACGCAAGCGAAGGCGAGCGGAUUGUUGAGACGCUAUGCACAACACGGCAAGGACGUGUUUGACGUGGUGAUAGUGGAGGAUAUUGCAGUAGAAGCGGCGUUUGACCAGGCUGUGGUCUCGACGCCUCCCUUCGAUGCCGUCUGUCAUCCCACCUCUCCGUUUUACUUUGAUGUCACCGACAUUCAGAAGGAAUUGCUCGAUCCAGCAAUCAUGGGAACCAUUGGAAUCCUGCAAUCCAUCAAAGCUCAUGCACCUACCGUCCGGCGCGUGGUGAUCACAUCGUCGCUCGCUUCCAUGAUACACCCGUGGCAAGGUGAUUGGCCGGGCAACUGGCCAGGGCAUGUUUACACCGAAGCUGACUGGAACCCAAUCACUCUCGACCAAGCAUUAGCUGAUGUGCUCUGCGGAUAUCGUUUCUCCAAGAAACAAGCCGAGCAGGCGGCGUGGAACUUCCUAGCAACUGAGAGGCCCAAUUUCACUCUACAGACCAUUUGUCCCCCGCUCAUGCUCGGUCCGACGGCGUCAGGGGAUCUUUGGGAAGGCAGUCUCGCUAAUGUCAACGAAAGCUUGAAACGAGUUCGCGAUAUCUGCUUCGGGAAGGCUAGGGCAGAAAACGAGAUACCGCCCAAUGGCGCUAGUUUCGUCUUCACCGAUGUCCGUGACGCAGCGCAUUACCACGUGUUGGCACUCGAACGGCCCGAAGAAGUGUCCGAGAGGUACUUUAUCCCCACGGGUUGGUUUGCCAACGAGGAUAUUGCGCGCAUUGCCCGGGACCACUUUCACGAUCUCGCAGCAGAUUGCAUUCCGCUUCCCGGCACUCCCGGCGGGGGUUGGCCCCAGGAUGGCAUGUACACGGUUGAUAACUCUCACACGCGCAACGCGUUCCCAGACUUGGUCACAUUUUACUCGUUGGAGACGUGCAUCGUGGACACGGUGCGCAGUCUUCUGGCCGUCGUUGCAUCUGCAUCUGCAUCUGCAUCUGCAUCAUCAUCAUCAUCAUCCCCGUCAUUUUCAUCAUGACCAUGGUCAUCAUCAUCAUCAUGAUCAUUAUCAUCAGGUGGAAUGGCUGGAUGAACUUGCAAAGGGCAUCAACAUCAUUAGGUACUACUGCACCUUAGUACUGGGGCCUGGUUCAAAGGAG